AUGUAUCCUGCUCUCAGUGUUUUCCUUGCGUGUUGGGUGCCUAAAAAGGAACGUGGAAAACUUGCUUCGUUUGUCCUCGGCGGUUCACAGAUUGGAACUCUUGUUUCUUUCUAUGUGUCUGGAUUAAUUCUUUCCCAUUUUUCGUGGCCCAUUGUAUUCUAUUUCUGGAGUGUUAUUGCUGCUAUUUGGUUCAUUGUAUUUUCGUUUUUUUGUUACAAUGACCCAGCAUCACAUCCAUUCAUUACGAAAACAGAACUGACCUAUUUGGAGCUGGAAAUGGGACAAUUAAAACGUCACAAUAAUCUACCGCCAACGCCGUGGAAAGAAAUAUUCACAAGUGUCCCGAUAUUGGUACUCAUAUUUGCUCAGAUAACCAGGGAUUAUGUGAUUCAUGUGUUGGCAUCGGAUUUGCCGAAAUAUAUGAAAGAAGUGCUUGGAUUUUCGGCAAACGAAAUCGGUCUCUACUCAUCGUUGCCCUAUCUAUUGAUGUUUUUCGUGUCUUUAUUUUCCGGAUUUAUUUCUGAUCAUUUGAUUAGUGAACAAUACGUUACAGUAACUCAAGCGCGAAAAUUCAUCUCUGCCUUAGAUAGUAUUUUUUCAUCUGUUUGUGUUGUUGCUGCCGCCUAUGCUGGCUGCAAUAAAGUUUGGGUUGUUGUUUGGUUCACUCUGGCAUUCGGAUUUAUAGGCAAUUAUUAUCCUAGCUUGAGAGUCAAUAUAUUAGAUUUGAGUCCAAAUUAUUCUGGGCCAAUUAUGGCUGUUAUUAAUGGAAUUGCAUCAUUGUCGGGCGUAGCAGCUCCAACGGUUGUAGGCAUGAUGAUCCCAGAUUCAUCGUUUGAACAAUGGAGACUAGUGUUUUGGGUUUCAUUCGGAGUUUCGAUGAUUAGAACUGUAGUCUACACAAUUUGGGCAUCAGCGGAAGUUCAACCUUGGAACGAACCAAGAGAAAGUGAAACAACUCAAUUGGAGAAUCCAGAAGAAAACACAUAAAAAUAGAAGAAAUUUUAGAGUAUUAUUCAAUGGCUG